AUGCCGAGGCCAUUGCACAGACCAGAGAUUGAGCUCCCCAUCAUGGUGCCGCGCCAGAAAGCAACACUUCGUUCAGGGGGUCGUCUCAUCCCUACUCCGGCCAGGGCACGCAGCAUCACCACCGCCCGAUCCGAGGCCACAGGCUACACAUGCGAGAUCGAAACUCUCACUACCUUGCUUGAGGAAUCUGUAUCCCAAGGAGACCGACAGGCCACGCACCAUGCAUACGCCAAUGUUCCUGCCUCGCGGGGGUCCUGUGAAGAACGCGGAACCCUCAAGAGCAGCCUCCCUACCGCCCAGGGACCGCGCAACAUCCUGCGCCUGGCACAGUGCGUCGGGACUAGAACCUUUGAUUUGACUGGUGCCCAACUCAGGAUAGGUUGCACACUCGACCAGGUUGCGAGACUCUUGAACCACGAUCAAAACUGGCUAUGGCCCCUGCCGGAUGGUGGGUCCGAGACUCUCCGAACAUGGUGCUCGGACUAUCCGUACUCUAGUUGGCAUACCGUUGCUGGGCACUUCGAGCAGGUUAUUGUCUACACCGAUGGUUCCUUUGAUGGUCGCACUAGUUCCUGGGCCUUCCAUGUCAUAGGCCGCCGGACUGACACAUGGUGCAGCCUGGGAUGGGCAGGAGAUACCGUUCAGACGGACGACACACAAGCCACCUUCCUUGGUGCGGCCUCUCAUGGGGCCCUUAACGGAGAGCUGUCGGCACUAUUUUGGUGCCUCAGCUGGUUGUUGUCUCUGCCUCCAGGAGUUCAGAUCCUCAUUCACUCUGAUUGCACAACAGCCAUAGGACUGUCCGAAGGGUGUGCAGGGCAAUACCGAGGCACCGACAUCAGCUGCCACUGUCGGGCGGUUAUGCAGGCCCUCCAGGCCCGAGGAGAUUGCGACAGAAUUGCGGUCCAGCAUAUGAAGUCCCACGUCGGACAUGCCGGCAACGAGAUUGCCGAUCAACUCGCCAAAGCGUGCUGUCGAGACUCCUCACCGGGCACGGCCUGGGCUUCGCACCCUAUCACACCCUUUCUGCGUCAUCAGUGGCUGCCUUGGUUGUGGCUGUUCGUUGACACGGUCAAGUGUCCACAAGCCUGGCCCACCCAGCUUGCAGACUCGUUUAUUGACCAAAGGGGAAACCCCGCUCCGCUCCCGACAACUCAAGAGUGCGAGAGCAUGCUGGGUUUACACAACUCGCGAAAGCAGGACCCGCAACGAGGUCCUCUGUGUGCUGCCCUGACGGCGGUUCUACUGACAGUAAAUGUUCAGUCACUUCAUCCUGGAGAGGACCCGUCAGAGUCUGACCAUGCCCUCCCCCCCUUUCGUGGCAGAGCGGCCUUGCUUAGGGAACAGUUUGCCGACAGGGGAGUAUGCGUUGCCGCCUUGCAGGAGACGAGAGCUCCUCGCAAUGAAACAAUUCAGUCCCGCACACACCUGAGGUUUUGCAGCGCAUGUGACCAUCAGGGGUCCUACGGCACUGAGAUUUGGUUCUCUAAGGAAAUUCCCUUUGUCAAGCAUUCCUCCGCUGAGGUAUUCUUUCAGGUGGGAGACUUCCUUGUGGUUCACUGGGAUCCGAGGGUCAUCGCUGUCCGAUUUGCACGCGCACGAAUGCGCAUUCUCUUUGUAGCCCUUCACGCGCCAACCAACUCUUCGCCGGAACGCAAUCAGUGGUGGCAGAAUUUCCGCCUAUUGAUUGGAAGGCUGCGCCAAGGGGCGCAAGUUGUACUUAUGGGGGAUUUCAACUUGCACCUGCACCACAGCCAAGAGGGCCGCGUCGGAGACCUCACGUGGCAUACUGCCACACCGCCUCCACAGGCUUUCUGGACACUGCUCGAGGAUUCAGAGUUGUGGAUACCCAGCACAUUCUCCUGCUGCCAUCCGGGGCCGUCAGCGACUUGGCAAUCUCCGGGAGGGACCACGGAGUCAAGACUCGACUAUAUAGCAGUUCCCACAACAUGGCAAGUGGCCACCGGUCACAGCGCUGUACUUCAUGAGCUCGAAUGGGGGCAGGCUAGGAUAGACCAUUUCGCUCUGUGGAUGCGAACCAGUGCCAGCCUCUGCAUGGAGGCACCGCGAACAGGUCGAAGGAUGAGGCUAAACACACAAGCUAUGGGAACUGUUGAGGGGAAGGAGAAGAUAAAGAAGUUGUGCCAGGCAUUGGAGCCACAACCCUGGGCUCUUGACGUCCAUCGACACGCCGCUUACAUCGAAAACCAUUUCCGCCGCACAUUGCCUUUGGCCUUCCCAGCGCAGCGCACGCAGCAGCGUAGAUCAUACUUCCAGCCGGAAACAUGGCAACUGCGAAACCAGCGUGCUUGGUUACGCAAACGUGUUCACUCGGCUUCUCAUUUCGGCAAGCAGUUCUCGAUUAUUUUCGCCCUGCGUUCCUGGAAAUGUUCUUGCCGAUUGUGGCAGCCGUGCCAUAGGUUGUGGAGCAGGUGGCUACGGAGCCUCCGGGAACUGCCAGGGCACUUAACUGCGUUGCGGGCCACCAGCAAACAGUUGAGAGUCCGCAUCAGAGAGGACACCCAGGCCUACAUCCACGAGGUAGCGGUCCAGGCCACUUCGGCGACCACCAAGGAUACGGUGCAGAAACUAAGAGCCCUGACAGGUGGCCCCAAACGAAAGCAACGGGGUCCCUCCCCUUUGCCUUCCAUUGAAGUCUCUCCCGGUCGCUUGGCACUCACACAUCAGGAAUCCAAAGAGAAGUGGAUUUCUCACUUCUCUGCCAUUGAAGAUGGCCAUGUCACAGAUCCUGUUGCUUUUGUCCAUGCGUGUUACCGACGCCAGGAAGAGAAGGAUCUUUCUGGAUAUUCGGUGUCGCCUGAUGAUGUGCCGAAUCUUGUGGAGCUCGAAGCUACGCUUCGGGCGGCAAACACAGAACGAGCGUACGGGCUCGAUGGGAUCCCGGGGGAAGUGCUUCAUUACGGCGCUCCCUUCCUGUCCAAAGUCGCCUACCAGCUUCUGUUGAAAUCGGCCUUUCGCCUUUGUGAGCCCAUACAACACAAGGGGGGGACGUUGUACUUCAUCUGGAAACACAAGGGGCCAAAACAGUCUUGCAACUCAUAUAGGGGUAUCUUAGUUUCGUCGGUCCUUGGAAAAGCCCUCCAUAAGACUGUACGUCGCCGAUGCACCAGUGCCCUAGCUCAGAGUGCAGUGCCGCUCCAAGUGGGGGGACUACCACAGUACCCCGUGACAAUGCCGGCUCACGCCGCACGCCUCUUUCAGUCCGCCUGCCACUCCAGGAAGCUGUCACACUCCUUAUUGUUCCUGGACCUCCAGGAGGCCUUCUACCGAAUCGUACGCCCCCUCAUCACAGGGGAUAGGCCCAGCGACGAGGAGGUUGCGCGACUAUGCUCGGCAGUGCAGCUCCCCCCCAAUACGAUGCAUGAGUUGCAUGCCUUUCUUGGCGGCCCUUCGCUGGCUAAAGAGGCCGGAUCAAGUGAGUGGGCAGAUGGCGCUGUCGCUGAGUCACUACAAGACACAUGGUUCAGAUUGCCUGAUGAGCCGGAAGUUGUUGUGACUAGGACGGGGUCCCGUCCCGGGGAUUCCCUGUCCGACCUUGUCUUUUCGUUCCUUUUCGCAAAGGUUCUGAGGCAGGUUAGGGGCGCCCUGAUUGAUUCAGCACUCCUUGCUCGCAUCCCGUGGAGCCGGGAGAUGCACUGUCGCCUAGAGCCAAUGGAACACCCAACGACUCAGGAGAUUGGCCUGUCUGACUCGACUUGGAUGGAUGAUCUCUCGAUGUUCCUAACCGCCCCAGAUGCACCCUCGCUUGUCCGAGCACUGGAUUUCGGUGCUUCGUCGCUUAUAGAUGCCUGCCUACAGCGUGCCCUGGUCCCCAACCUUGCCAAGGGAAAGACUGAGGCGAUCAUGCAGCUACACGGCAAGGGUGCCAAGGGUACACGUAAACAGAUCUUUGGCGAUGCACAGGGUGAGAUCCCCUUGUCUUGUAGAUUAUGGGAUGGAGCUAGACUUCGUGUAGUGCCGGUUUACAAGCAUCUGGGCGGCUUCCUGCAACACAAUGGGGGUCUUAGGCAUGAGAUCUCCUUUCGAUGCGCACAGGCAUGGGAAGCCUUCAACCGCCGACGCAAAAAAGUCUUCAGAUCAACCCUGGUAUCUGAUACCGAUAAGGCAUUGCUCUUUGACAGUCUGGUGUCCACGGUGCUUUUCCAUGGCGCCGGGACAUGGACUGGAGUCACGUCGGCGCAUAUUGACUCAAUUGAUGCAGUACUACGGCAGAUGGCGUGCCAGAUGCUCACGCCGAGGUACACAUGUGAGGAGGCCUGGCACCUCGGCACGGCCCAGGCAAUUGCUGCGGCACACAUCCCAAGAGCAAGCACUUACUUGCACGUCUCCAGGCUAAGGUACCUGCUUUCCUGCAUUCGCCUUGAUGUACAGGAAAUUUGGGCAUUAGCUCACUGGGAACAAGGCUGGUUAGCGCUUGUCCGAUCUUCCGUCCAAUGGCUUUGGGAACUGUCACGAAAUUCCGGCAAGGAGUUGGAUUUCCCUUCCUCUUGGCAAUGUUGGGUUGCCGAAUGCCGAAGUUCCCCAGGGAAAUGGAAGGCCAGGGUUCGCAGAGCCAUGCAGGCGGCCCUUGACAGAGAAGCCAGGCAAGCUGUGCAGGAGAGGCACAUUUGGUUGCUCACGAAGCAACUCUGCCGUCUUGGCGCUCGAUUCAGACUGCCCCCGUCACGCAGCCGAGGUUGUCAGCAGGUAUGCGCACCUUGCCAGCUUGCCUUUCAGGAUCUACGUGCGUGGUCCGUACAUGCGUUCAAGUGUCACGGACGCAAGGAUGAGGGAAAAGAGUGCAACCAGCGCCUGGAGUUGGCAGCCGCACUGCGCCGAAAGAACACCUUUUCUGCCCCGGAUGGCCACCUUGACGAUGAGAUGUGCAGGCCUUCCGCCGAGGUACUGGAUUGUCUAGCCCAAAUGGACUUCGACGGCAGACUUGCGGCCAUUUCCGAGGAAGAAAUGUGGGACCGCAUUAGAGCCUCACUUUCUUGCGUGUGCCUCCCUGUCCAAAGACUUCGGGUCACUCUUGACGUGUGGGAGUUCGGAGGGGGCAUGCAGACGCUGAGCCAAUCCCAUGGCCUCUUGACUCGGUUAAGACACGCGUUAGAAUGGUUACGGGGAACCGACCUUGUCAGUGUACUUGUUCCCGAUCUGUGCGAAGACCCUGCUCCCUGCCCGACUGUGGGUCACCUCUGUGACGCUGACAUGCUCUUGGUCCGCCUGCCGUGCCCCGAUGCCUGGACAAGGGAUCAUGUACUUGUCGCAGUUGGCUCUCUUCCUGACUCCCGCGUUCUGGAAGCCUAUGGCCGUGCUCCCUUGCUUUACAGCCACGAGGAUUCUCUGAGAGGUUUAGAUUCCGGCGUUCUUCCAGACUUUCUCGAGGAAGUCGAUAGAGGAUGUGGAUUUUAUCUGGACCUUCUUGGACUUAGAAUCCCUCUACCGGCAGACAUCGUCCCUGCGAAGAAGGCAAAUAUCGUUGCCCAAUCGAUUCGCCUUGCCGGUGACAUUUCCCGUCUUGCAGUACGCCUUUGGACUCAGGGCAUCCGUGCCCUCCUAAGGGUUCCGGACUACGGAAACGCGGACAUAGAGGCUCUUCUCCGCAUACCGGGUGUCCACCACAUUAGGCAAGAGGGCUCUGUCGCCAUUUGGGCAGGACAGUCUGACGACUCGGCUGACUUGUUUCACCUUUCUUAA